AAAAAGGCCUGCUGUAUAUGGACUUUUAUUUUGAAUGUUUUUUGGCGCUCAGCCAGGGUGUGAAUGCACCGUCAAUGCAGCAAUGUUAAAACCAGCUCCGCCCAUUUCUAGCAGGUGGUGGUGAUUUAGUGUUUGGUAGAAAUAGACCUGCAUGGAAUGGGUGAAAAAAGGGGACAUUGAUGCUUGCUUUGUUUGGUGUUGUGUGCGUAUAAUAGAUGAACCAAACCACACAUGCACAGAAAAUAAAAGACAUCAAAGAACUAAAGUUGCAUCUUCAUGUCUCUGAUCGGACGUCUGUGGUGAACUGGUCCCCCACCGGCUAUCCCCACUGGGUUAAAUCAUCCAGUUUUCUUUAUGGUCCUUCGAGCCGGAGUCCAGAGUUUUCCACAGUUAUGGAGAUGCAGCCAUCAGAGGAUGUUCCUGUUGAGAGACCCAGGAGACAAAUAUCUCUACCAGCACACUUGCAGGAUUAUGAUUUGAGUGGUUAUGAUCUACAUAGAUCCUUAUCACCGCCUAGCUAUUCCCAUAAACCCCCUGGUGUUCUGUCACCUGAAGAGGAUGACCGAAUUGACACCCCACAUGUAGCAGCACAGCAUGGUGAUUAUCACAGUCCACAACAGUGGUAUGUAGCAGAUCGCUGGGAUCAGCAUAUGGAAGCCCUGCGAGAAGAGAAUGCUGAUUUAAAGAAACUCCAAAGUGACUUGAUUACUACAGUUCAGCAGCUAAAGGAGGAAAGGGAUGAUCUUAAACAAGCCAACGUCAAGUUUGCAUCGCAGAUGUCUCAACUUGAAGCAGAGGUGAAACAGUUGUUAAGUUGGCAAAAUCAACAGUCACAACCUCCACAGGCAUCUACCCUUUCAGUAUCUUGUCAGUCAAAGGUCCUAGACCGCCCUAAACCAGUUCCAGCCCCAAGGAAGCCGAGAUCAACUGAACCCACAGUAAAUCCAAACCGUGCUCCAGCCUCUCAUGAUGCAUCGCAAGAUAGUAGUUCACCAGAAAGUGUGGAGCGCUCUGAGUAUUCAAGCAGUCAAGAAAGCUUGUCCUCUUCAGUCGAUGGCCUGUCUCUGAGUUCAUCCAGGCAGAGGAAAGUUAAGACUAGUCCAAUAAACGAUAAACGAAUUUGUCAGCGAAAACAUGGAGAUCAUGCCAAGAAGGUGAGAAGUUAUUUUCGAUCGCCCUCUCCACACCAUUCUUCUAGACCACGGCAUAACCUGUUUUCUAGGAGUAGGAGAAGGCACCACCACUCUCCAAGCCCACCUACUGACCAGGAAAGAGUAUAUCGUGGCCCUGCACCUACAAUUCCUGACCUGAUUCACCCAAACCCUAGAGAGUUUGCACGGCUUAAGAUCGCUUUAGAAAACAUUCUUCCAGCUGACGCUACAGAGCGCUUUAAAUUUCAUGUCCUGCUAGAACAUCUCAAGCUUGAAGAGGCUCAGUUAAUUGCUGAAUCUUACAGCAGUUCACGUCAUCCAUAUACCAACACUAUGGAUGCCCUCAAUCAACAGUAUGGCCAGCCACACCAGUUAGCAUUGCAGCGCAUAGUGGAAUUGAUGGAUGGGCCCAGCAUCAGUACUGGAGAUAUUAAAACUUUUCGAAUGUAUGCUCUAAGGGUGAGAUCCUUGGUGGGAAUGCUGAAGCAACUGGGUAAGCCUGGCAUGGUGGAAUUGAGAUGUGGCUCACAUGUGUCCAGACUUCUGAGUAAAUUGCCACAUGAUCUGCGGAGCAGUUUUAGAAGGUUUAUUUAUCCUCUAGACAUAAAGAUUCCUACCCUCCUCAACUUUGCAGACUGGUUGGAAUAUGAAAUCCAAGUUCAAGAAGAUUCCACAAGGUAUACGAGCCGUUCGGGCAGAGGAUACUCAACCAGUUCGUCCAGGGAGAUGCCAAGGAAGGUGAAAUCAUACUACAAAGGGACAGAAGUUCUACUUGGCACAGAGAAAUCCCCUUCAUCACCACCAUAUUCCUCAUCAGUCACAGCUAAGACUACAAAAGGGAAAGCUUACUGCCCUUAUUGUGAUAACAACAAACACUCUUUGAAUAAUUGUGUAAAUUUCUCUCAACUCUCUAAAUCUCAGAGGCAGAAUUGGAUCAAGGGGCACAACCAUUGCUGGCGCUGCGGACGGGGCCAUAGAUCAUCAGAGUGUAACCUUAAGAUGCGUUGCAAAACCUGUGAUGGUCGUCACUUGCUUGUUUUACAUGAGGUUAAUGCAUGGAACAAGGAGAAAGCAGUGGAAAAACAGGAACCAUGUGCUGGCCCUGUUAUGGGUGAGGCUGCCAACGAUGUGUUAUUCAUUGACAAGCCUCCAGGAAGUCGUAAGGUACUGUUAAAGAUAUGCAAAGUCAUUCUAAGAAAUGGAGAUCGAUCCAUGAAUGCUUAUGCCAUUCUUGAUGAUGGCUCAGAAAGAACCAUCUUGUUGAAUGCUGCAGCAAAUCGGCUGAAACUAAAAGGUAAGGCAGAGGACUUGCCCCUACGCACAGUCAGACAAGAAUUAAAGAUCCUGCAUGGGGCGGCCGUUUCCUUUUACAUUUCACCAGCCUGCCAGCCAAACAAGAUGUAUCAGAUCAAUGGAGCCUUCACUGCAUCAGAGUUGGGGCUUGGAGUGCACUGUCAUCCAGUUAAAGAUUUGCAGAAAAGGUACCAUCAUCUUAAAGGACUUCCCCUCCAAGAGAUUGAAACUGCUCAUCCGGUUUUGCUCAUAGGAUCUGACUGCCCUCACUUAAUCACCCCAGUCGAGCCAGUCCGCUUGGGGCCACCAGGGGUCCUGCUGCGGUCAAAACUCUCCUUGGAUGGACUUUGCAAGGACCGGUUCAAGCUCUGCAACAUCAUCUUAAAGAGCAACAAUGUCUGUUCACUACAAGUUGGUCACCCUCUGCUACUUUGCAUGAACAAGUUGAAAGACUCUGGCAAAUGGAUGUCCUUCCUUGGAGGGAUGAGAAAAUUAGUACCCGAUCAGUACAAGACCAGCAGUCACUAA